AUGCAAUAUAAAAAGUUUUUUUUAACAUAUUGCAUAAUUUCUAGACAAGUAGUACAAUCGAAAAAAAUGGAUAUUUUACGACAUUUUCAAAAUAUUUCUUGGUGUAAGCCAGAUUGGUGUUAUCCAAGUAUGGGUAAAGAAACAAAUGAAUUAUUACGACAGUGCAUAGAUUUGCCCACUUUCAAACUUUCUGAUGAUCUAGAGGAAAUCAUUAAAAAGAGCAAAGCAUUUCCUAUACCAUUUCCUAUAGAAACAGUCAGGUUGGAAAAGUUAAAAGUUCGUAAAUCACUUGAAAAGUUAAAAAGGAAUGUUACGUCUACAUAUCCUUUAAUACAUGAAAGAGUAUUACUUUUGAUGACACAUUUUCUAAUCUACAAAAGAGAAUUCGGCUCAAACAUUGAAAAGACAUUGUACAAAGAUAUGACAGUACCAGAAUUGAUAGAGAGGCUGUUGAAAAAACGAGCCGUGUCUUUUAUGAAUCCUAAUGAUGAAUAUUUGUUGUUAAGUGGAGAACAAGAUGAAGAAGGUUGGGAACAAGUAGGCACCAUACACCAAAAACCACCUUUGAUAUUAGAAAACUGUCUGAGCUAUGACGAGAUGAAGCUCUCAGCUAUGGUGUAUGUAAGUGGAUACACUGAAUGUAUUAAUGAUGGGGAGAGACGUAACAGUGGUGUUAUCAAUGAGGAUAAUGCUGAAGACGACGCUGUUAUAAUUGGUCUUAUUGGUCCACGUUUCGAACGUCGUGGUAAAAUGGACUAUGAGGACAUAUUGAUAACCGAACACCAGAACUCUCUAGAACACGGGUACGGGGAAGAAGUGACCCCUACCACGUGUCUCAAUGUAUUGAAAACUACAUAUGUGAGGAACAAUCAGUCCGCAAGACAUAUGUGGAGGCAAAUGUGGUCGGAGUUUUAUCAGGUACAUAGUUAUACGUAUGAAGAAUUAUCCUCUUACAUAACAAUACAAGACAAAGAUGAAGAUCAACGUUAUAUGGACAGAUACGUGAAACGUCCCAAUACUGAGCACAUAUUUGAUAAUGAAGUGUAUUACAAACGUUUGAAUAUAAUAGCUGAGUGUACUCUAUUAGAAGCCGAGCAUAGAGCAAGGGAGAGUGGAAGGAACGCGUUUGUAAAUGUUAUUGGAUGUGGUCUCGGAGUAUGGAAAGUGUCCCCCCAUCAACCAGAUGUCUACAUUUUAACGUUUUUGGAAAGAAUUCGUGCUUUUCUUAAGAAAGAUUUAUUAAACCACGUCACAGAUGUUAACUUUGCAUAUAUCAAGACAAGUCCCGGUAUUACAGCAUUAUUCACCAAUUCGACAGUCCAAAGUGACUCCCCAGUUGAGAAACAAAUAUUCUUCGAAAGUAAAAGACAUCCUAAAGGUGGUAUUAAUGUUCAAAUGGAAAAUAGAGAGCCGUCAGCGAAAUUAACAGGCGAGCAUGAGGGGAAGUUACUCGUUAUAACAUACCCCUGGGAUGGUAAUGCACACCCUGGAAAUGAAUUUUGGCUUGGCAACCUAACUGGUUCAGGCGAUCCGGCCGCCGCUUGUUCGACACAAGUGGCAGAAUUACACAACGCUCAUAUAAAUCCCGCUGUCAGUGGAUAUAACACACGCGUUGUCGGUCGAGACGGAUUGAAAACCUUGUCCGAAUAUUGUGUAACUUUGAAUACG